AUGGGUAUCUUUUCCCCAAUAUCAGCAACCUAUGGUGUGCGUGUAGACCAGUUACUGGAAACCGCUGAUGACUACCGCAGAUACCAUUCGAAACUGAAUAGGAAGUUACAGGGUUUGAGACAUCGCUGCCAAGUUGUAACAAAAGAUACUAGGAAAUAUUCAAGCAAAGAAAAAUAUAGUAAAUUCGAUAAUACAGAAUAUGACCACAAAAAUAAAUUGUACGGUGUUCUAGUCUUGUUGCAUGCAGAAAGAGAUUUAUCAUUGGUUGAAAGACUGAAGUUAAGAGCUCGCCAAAGAGGUAAGUUCAAGACCAGCGAGAAAAGAGUUUUGCGUACCAGACUUAGAAGGGCGGUUCAGACUACGGAAAGAUUGGUUAACUUAACUAAAAACGAAGGCCAAUGGGUCACUCGUAUGCAAUACCUUAUUUAUCGAAAAUUGGUGCACGUUGAGUAUCUAGCACACGGAAAUCUCUCUAAGAACAAGGAUAGCAAAACUAUUUCGAAAGAAUUAUCAUUAUGCUUUGCAGCCUUGUCGCACUUGCGUCAAUCAAAUUUGAUUUCUGAAACUACAUUCGAUUUUUUGCAAGGAACUUAUGAGUACACUCUGAAGCAACAUGCUGGGAAUAUUCUUUCAACAGCCGAACUUAAAAAUUUUGUCGUUACCAAGGUUGGUGAAGCACAUGAAACUGAUGAUGAGUUGGCAAAGUUGCUAUUUUCGAAUGGCUACAAGAUAGAGCUGCAAGAUAUUAAAAGAGAUGAUACGGGCUCUCUAGAAAAAAUCCAAUGGAGAGCAUUUACUGCGAGGAUUCACGACCUGCAGGUUGAAAACUUCAUCCAAGAAGCGCAAAGCAUUGUGAUAAAAAAUAUCUCUAGUUUUGAUGAUAAGUUGUCAAAAUGGCAGCAGGCCCUGGAGAGACAGGAAGAACGUAUUGAGAAUCACGAAGCGCAAGAGGAAGAAGAGGAAGAAGAGUUUGAUGGGGUUGAAAGCUCUGAGAACGAUCAAAUAUUACUGGCCUUUAUCAAGUACAACAUGCUAUUCACUUCAAUCUUGAGAGAUAACUAUCUUUUCAACCAAUUAUGGAAUCAAUGGACAAAGUUGGGUACUUCUAUGCCAUCCAAAUUGACCAAAUAUAAGGAAAUUGAACGUAUAGUUAACAACCUAUUGAAGUAUCUACAAGAUAUAAUGGAACUUCCAGGCGUUUACUCUGAUGAUAACCUUUUGGCGCAGCUUCAGCUUUGCAGAAUACAUUUCAAGUUGACCUUGAGCUCAGGCUGUCUAGCUUCUAUUUAUCAGUCCAAGGGCGAAUACAUGAAAUCUUUGGCCCUGCAUCUUGAUGCGCAUAAACAACUCAGUGCCUCACUAAGAGAUGUUGGUGAUUUAAACGAAAUAAUUGUUCCAAGCGACAUAUUAUCUCAAAGAAAGAUAAACUGCUUACAACACUUGAUAAAAACAGGGUGGACUAGCGUUCUUGCUCUCGCUCAAUAUGAGAAAAGGCUUGCAGAAAGGGAACAAAAUAAAUAUGAGCCCUCAUUGAUUGAGCGAUUAGAUUUUGGCUCUGUCAAACCAGAAAUGAUCAAGUUAGAUAAUAUGUUUCCAUUAAGGCCAAAAUUGGGACCAGUUCCCAGUAAACCAACCCUUUUCGAUUUAGCUUUUAAUUACAUCAGCUAUGAAACGACAGACGAACAAAAACAAAAUGAAGCAAUUACAACUGAGCAGUCAGCAGCAUCAUUUCCAGAUGAGAAGGAGCGUGCCCAAACACAGCAAGAGUCAAAUAAAAAGCGCGGGUUUUUAGGAAUCUUCAGCCGUUGA